UUUGGUACCUUUAUUUCUGGCAAUGAGGGACAUUUUCUUAUUGGUCCACUUGCCUAUUUUCUUUACUAAGAGGUUCAUAUCCUGGUGCACAAGACCAGGGCUAUUGAAGUAACUCAUUGCACUUGUUGCAUGUUGUUGUUUUUUUUUCCCUCCUUCAACUUCAGCUCUAGCAUGAAUUCCAUAUUGAUGCAGGUCUAAAAUAAACAGAUGUCAGGAAAUGUGCUGCUCGAACAGGACAAAGAGAGGAUGCACUCCUGCCAUCACCGGUUAUCUUUCUCGUCCUCCCUUCCUCUGCGGGAUGAUUAUGAGAGAGAAAAUAUGUGUGUGUGUGUGUGUACGUGUGUGUGUGUGUGGAAACAUCCAUGAAGUCCUUAAAAAGACAUCUGGAGAAGAAAUACCUUUUGCUGGCUGCCACAUCAGCUUCUAGAGCAGUAAUUUGCUCUUCUGUGGUUUUAUAAAAGAGAAAACAUCCAAAAAUAAACAAUUGUAUAUCAUUUAGUUUUAGAAUAUUUUUUCUUUCUUCUCUAAUAUCAGAAUUAGCUUCAAGCAAACCUUAUGAAGAGGCAGUCAAAGAGAAGUCGCCUGCAUGUUUUUGAUGUUUGGUCGGCCGCAGGCACUCGUUCCGACCGAAGGCACUCCUCCCAGACACUCGGUAGAACAGCACGGUCCGGGCGUCACCCCCCUUUUCCCAGGAGUCCCGAGCACACCGUUAACCACAACAAGCAUCAGCACUGAAGAGAAAGCAAUGUCAAGCACGUGUGAUAUAUAUUGCUCCAUGUGUGAUGAGACUCCAUUUUCGAGGGUUGAGUGCUACUCUCAAUUCCUAGAAUACUGCCAAAAAUCGUUUCAGAGUGAGAUGGAGAGUAUCAACGCCACCGACUGGUGUAUGUGGGACAAUGUGAAAAGUCCUUAUAACAAGUUCACCGCGUGUUCGGAGGACAUUGCGGAGUGCCUGGCGCUCCCGUGGCCUAACAGGCUGGUGGAGGACAUGUUUGUGGAAAUCCACGCCUCCUUUUUCCAGGAUUGUCCGACUGAGACGCUCCGGGAUCCGCCGCCUAACGUCAUCUUUGCCCUCGUCAUGACCCCUAUAUGUCUUAUCCCGGCCAUGGUGGUGCUUGUCGUUCUAAAGACCAAGAACGGAGACAGGAGGUCAUAAAGAUUGCCUCUGUUAUACGGAUUAGCUCCAUCUGCCCUUUUCCUGGGGAAAAAAAAACCUGGCACUUGUGUCCUCUGCUUUGAGACAUGCAGACCUUUCUGACCAAAAACCUGACAGUGGUCCUGUUUCUAUUUAAAUGUUAUGUGAAUUCUGAAAUAAUUCGAACUGAAAAACGGCAUAAACGGUAGCCAGGAAUCCUCAAGAGUGUAAGAACUGUUUAUCUUGGUUUGAAAGCUUUGUCUUUAAUAUUCUGAUUAAUGAUUAGUACAAUCACAGAAAUUAUGUUGAGACGGCUUAUACGGAUGCUUUUAUAUAAAACCUAGGAAUUCCAUCAACUCAACUGGGAUAGGAUUGGGAAUGUAAUGGGGUAAAUAAAUGAAAUUAAGUCAAGAUAAAUUCAUGAGCUAGCUCAACCAACUGUGAGCUUCCAACAAGUAGAAACUCCAGGAUGCUCCCCAGAGCCUUGUUUUUGUUGACUGAAAACUUAUCAACGAGACUGAAGUGUGUUAGCUAACAAACUAACAAAUUAAUUUACACAAACAUAACGAAAUAAGUCUAUAACAAUAUAUAGUCCUGAGCACGUUUCUAAGUAGCACAGUUUGUUCGCCAAAAAGGCAACAAAUCACUGGCAAAUCAUUGUUUUCUCUCCUCACGUCAUAAGUUAAAUAAUAUUCGAGUCUGGCUAGCACUUGUAUCUUCUCUCAAUGUGUGUAACUGCAAGGUGAAGUUAUCCACAUAUUGUGCAUAGGGUUCUAAAACGGUUUCACGUUUUUCUAUUACGUCCGUGUUUCCACAUACGUUCGUUACUUGAUUUCCGAAAAGAUCAUCUGUCGAUCAUCUGUCGAUCGGCUGACGUGUGCAAGGCAGUUUUGAUAAAGUUCGUUUUGCAAACAUUUGUUUUAAAAACUUUGAUUUGCAAUUUUUUUUGUUGCAAACGUUUGUUUAUAAAACGCCCGUUUUCAAGCUGUCCGUUUGAUUUGAUAUCUCUUCUUGUCUGCUAGACAAGGUACAAAAAAUAAUCAAUUAGCCAGAACAUUCUGAUUUAUGCACCGCUAUAUAAAAAAAACCUUUCAAAUAAUUGUAGAAUUAAACAAUAAUUUGCCGAUUUAACAAUUCUAGAAAUUCCGCCAAAAAUUUAUGGAACGAUUUUAUUUUUUUCAGUAAUUUGCUUUUCUUUUUUUUUUUUGCACAUCAUCUAGAUGGAAACAGAACUACUGCACCGCUGAUUUUAAGAUCCCACACUUACCAUCACAUCAGUGUCAGCAGAAUUUUAGUUUGAAUUCAUUUUCAUUUAGAAUAUUUAAUCCUUAUAUAAAAAAAAAAAAAUGACAGAAUUCGUUCGAAUCGACGUUAAAAACCCAUCCAGACGCUUGUGAAAUUUGUUUGAUUGUCUGCUCUCGUGCUUCUGACCUCAUUUGUUUUAUACACCGAUUUACUCAUUUAUAAUCUCACAAAACCUGAUGCAGAUAUUAACGUUAUGAUUAACAUUAACAUGUUUUAACACUGAGUGCUGGUCCGACUCUAGUAUUAACACCUCCAUAAGCCACUGAAGCCUUACUCCAUGUACUGUAAGACUGUUUUUAUUUUAAUAGUUAGUAUUUUUUUUUAUAAAUGUAUGUGUGUCAGUCUUAUCAGGUGACAAAGGCCAAUUUGCUGGCUAGGGUUUGAUUAUGAUUAUGCUAAAAUCUCAAUGUGUAUUUUUAUGAUAUUAUGAUCCAGGUCAUUAGCGAUGACUGUCGCUUUUUGUAAUAAGACGACUAAGAGAGAAUUUUCACCCAUUAUUUUUUUUCUUUUAAUAUUUAGCCCAGAAUAAUUGUCUGUCACUGAUACAAGACACAGAGUGGAAGUUUUUCAGAUAAAUUCCAAGAAAAUUAGUGAUUUUUUUUGGUGAAAAUGCUUCUUUACUAAUAAAGAACAGUGCCAGCAGAACGCAGAACGCUACGAAGUAGAGGCUGCGUCUGAUUUCUUUCUAGACCAGACUGAAGUUUCAGCAUUCAAGUCAGAUUAUUGUAAUAGUGUUAUGAGAUAAUUACAAUGAACUUAUACUGUAUAAGACGAGGUGGAUUCAUUUCUUGAUCACUGAUUUUUCAUGCUUGGACAGACACCAAUGUGUGAUGCAAGUAGUAGUGGUAUUUUUAAAGGUGAAUCCAAAAGUUAUCAUCCCUCAGUUUCCUUCCAUAAACAACCAAUAAGAUUUCUCCAACGGCUUUUGGGUUAUUUUGGAAAAUAAGCAGCAAAUAUUUCUGAUUCUUACAUGUUUUGUUCAAGAUAAUGUUUAAACUUAAAACCAUCACGAGUGACGAAUCACUGAUGUAUUUAAUAUCUCAAAAAAAUGUGAAAAUAUCUGGAGCUCCUGUUUACCACAGAGCUUAUUUCAGAUUUCAGGUGUUUAUCCUAAAACCUGACUGACUUCAGGCAAUGAAACAGGAAGUGAAACAAAAAUGUGAACUCAUUCCUGGAGCAGUCUGUAGGGAACGACGCAAAAUGGGUGAAAUUUUUUCACAGGAGCGAUUGACCAGCAUCAACAUCUCAAUGUAUUAGUGUAUCAUUUGAUGACAACGCCAAAACUGUUUUGUCAGUCAGCAGCUUACUGAAUUAUUAUUAUUAUUAUUUUAUUAUUAUUAUUAUUAUUAUUAUUAUUUUUUAAAGGUUUUAGUUCAAAGCAACGCUUUCAAACCCUUCAUCUGCCCCUGCUGGGCGAUUGAGCCAGACGAUUAACCCUUGGUUACUCAUUCGUGUGCUCAGAUUGCCUCGUUUAUUGUUUUCUGAGAGAUUGUGGACCUUUUGGCCGGCUUUUUUGUAACAUCCAGAGUUAUUUAGUGCAGAAGAGGUGAAAGGUUAAGGGUCAGAGAUGUGGCGUGGGAACAUCUUAACUGCAAGUCUAGCUGGAAUCAAGGCUUACCUGUGUGAAGGUCUGACAGUGGGACUGUAUUCACUUUUUUUUUACUAUAAAAUUAUGUUUCUACUUUAUGUUAUUUUUGACAUUAUGGGAAGUGUUGUCUUUGUGUACUUUGCACAUUUUUUUUGUUAAAUGACCAUGAAAGUGUGUGCUUUGUCCGAACCUGUGUUUUUGAGCUGCUCUGUCCUGUGGUAUGGCCUCACUAACAAUCUGUGAAUUUUAUACUGUUCCUCUGGAAGCACUUAGACAUACAAUUAAACAGUGUUUUUUAAAUCA